CCCCCAGCAACCUGGAAGGUUUCCUGGAGGAGUUUGCCGACAUCUCCAAGGAGGACCAGAUCAAGAAGCUCCACGACCUCCUGGGUCCCCACAUGCUGCGACGCCUCAAGGCUGACGUCUUCAAGAACAUGCCGGCCAAGACCGAGCUCAUCGUCCGCGUCGAGCUCAGCCCCAUGCAGAAGAAGUACUACAAGUACAUCCUGACGCGCAACUUCGAGGCGUUGAACUCGCGGGGCGGCGGGAACCAGGUGUCCCUGCUCAACAUCAUGAUGGACCUGAAGAAGUGCUGCAACCACCCCUACCUCUUCCCCGUCGCCGCCAUG